AUGCCAAGAGAAACUACGCCAACAAUGUGUCAUAAUACAAUACCGUCAUUGGAUCUCUCAGUUCUCAAAGAAUGUAUGUCUCUCGCCGCUUUUUUCCAUUUCUUACUUAAUCAACAACAGCACACCCUUUUUCACUCCACUCUUUCUCUCUCUACAAAACAACCAAGAAGCAGCAAUAGUAGCACAAGAAAGAUGGGCAAAGGAAAAGGCUCAUCCCUAGUUCAUCUUCUAGUUAUCAUCUUAUGCUUAGUUGCUUUUGGUUUCGCCAUUGCCGCCGUAGCACUGUACUUUCUCUUUCUCUCAUCUAAAUUUGAACUGUUUAUGUUGAUUUCAUCUGGAACCAUUCGCACAGAUAAUGCAACCAAUUCCACUUACUGCGUGUACGAUUCAGAUAUAGCAACAGGCUAUGGCGUUGGUGCCUUUCUGUUUCUUCUCUCAGGUGAAUCCUUACUCAUGGGAGUAACCAAAUGCAUGUGUUUUGGAAGUCCAUUAGCACCUGGUGGAAAUCGAGCUUGGACCAUCAUCUAUUUCACAUUCUCACUGCUGAGUUUUGUGGUUGCAGAAGCUUGUUUGAUAGCAGGGGUAAAGAAGAAUGCAUACCAUACUAAAUACAAGGGUAUGACAGAAAGCUUUUCAUGUGAUACAUUAAGGAAAGGUGUUUUAGUUUGCUUGUGA